AGUCGCGGUCUCUUACAUGCACUCUAGCUGGUGACAGGUUAUGCUUUAUGGACCAUCAUUUUUUUUGUUUCAAGCGUGUUUUGAAAAUACGUAAGCAUAACAUAAUUUAUUAGUUGGUAUUUGAAGAUCUAAACACGUUCAAAACGACUGUUCAAGUAAAAUUUACGACUUGAGAACAGAUCGACUGCCAGCACAAUGCAUCGUGAACCGGACACUCUCAUAAUGGCAAAACUAUUUACAAAACCAAUUAACUUCCCGGUCUAAGAAAAUCAAUUUAUAUGCCAGCAAACUUCAAAUGUUUUCAAUGCUUUCCUUACUCGGCCCAUUUCAGUCUUUUUAUGUUCAGGUGAUGCUGAUUUCUGCAAUUGGGUUCAGAAAAACAAAAGCGCAGGCUUUCGCUCUUCAGCCAACUUAUAACUCAUCAUUUGAUACCUACGAGCUGCAGUGCCAUGUCAUACCUCCGUCCCCUUCAGCUCGAACUAAGUACACCCUCACUCCAACUGAUGUCCAGAAACCAGAUCUCAUUUUCCUAUCCGAUGACUCUAACUCGGGUACAACUGUGAGGAUUGGCGUGGAAUGCGUGAUCUAUGAUGUCAAGUGUUCAGCCAUUGAUGAGAGCAAUGCAACAGUUGUGGACUCAUUUACCACAACAACAUCGAUAACAAUAUGCAUUGGUCCAAAAGUUCGAUUCAACUUCACAUCGCUGAUACUGACACCCGAAGCAAUCUCAUUCAGACUGUUGCAUGGCGAGUUGGGCGAAUUAGGCAGUGCGAUUAUCUACCUGCAUGUCGGAGACUCCCAGACUCACACUGCUUCCAAGGAGUUCAGUAGAGCUGACUUGGACUCUCCCUUGACUCCAGUUUUGUUUGAGGGGCUCACACCACUUGAAGAUUAUUCAGUGCAAUAUGUAGUGUUCUGCGAUGACAGUCAGCGGACACCUUCUGGUAGAAUUAUUCUAUUCUCAACAGCAUUGCCUGCAACCACUUCGCCUCCAACUACAACAUCUAACGUAGCUGAAAUUACGACAACUAUAACUCCAACAACAACAAAUAUUCCGACGACAACAACGAAUAUUCCGACGACAACAACAAAUACUCCGACGACAACAACAAAUAGUCCGACAACAACAAAUACUCCGACGACAACAACAAAUACUCCGACGACACCAACAAAUAUUCCGACAACGCCAAUAAACAUUCCGACGACAACGACAACAAUUAUUCCGAUCAGUACAAACUUUAAGACGACAACGAACACAUCGAACGCAACCCAAGGUCAACCACUUUGGAUCUAUAUUGCAGCCGCAAUUUCAGGAAUGAUUAUUCUAGUUAUCAUGUCUGCAAUAUUAGCUUGGGCUCUAAAGGGAAAACAAUCAAUUUUAAAGACAGUUCGCUGGUGUUCGAAUGACUCGGAUAAACGUAGUACUCCAGUUGAAAUCGCUGAAAAUGACCACCAAGUUUCAAAUUCAGUAGAUCUGAAUGCCGACUCAGAAACAAUCAAAACGAAUAUCAACUCUGCUGGCUCGCAAAGAGUUUCCGUGAAUUCAAUAACCGUUAUAAGCGGGGAAAAAAUUAGGUCAGGAACAGCGAUCGUUAGCAUGAAAAAAGCUACAGUUUUAAGCCGAAUACCGCCUCUCAAAACUAAAGUCAGCACUCCUAAUGAAAAAAUGAAGGUUAUCUCUAAACUUGGAGAAAAAAAUACUUCGCAAGUUACGAGCAAAAGCAAUUCGCGCUGGGCUAAUGUGGUCAAAACAGCUCAAAAUUCGGGUGCGAUAAAAACAAAGAAAAUGGAAAAGACAAAUUUGGACUCGAAAUGGAACAAAAUUACUUUAUCAAAGACCGGCGAAAAAGAUUACUCGGGUAUAAAAAGCCGGCUAUUUGAUUUUCAGAAAAAAAUAGAUUUCGAUUGAAUUAGCAUAAAAACGAUCUAUAAAACUAUCUCUGCAAAAAAUGGAUGUGUCUAGCAAUUAUGUUUUAAUUUAUACAUUUACGAAAGGUGGAUCGCAUAAACGCAAAGAAUCAAAUCAUCUGGGUGAACGUAUGUUUACCCCAAGCUGGAAAGCAACGGAGUAUUUGGGUGUUUUUUGUUCGAUGCAAAAUCAGUUCCUUUGAAAAAUAUCAAAUGGGGUCAAGCGAUAUAGUUUACUACAACUACUUCGUUUUUUGUUUCUCAAAGCGAAGGUUG